CAGAGUGCAUCCAGAACAAACACACCAAACCUGGCGAGUGCACAGAUCUCAGGAUCGUGAUGGUGGGGAAAACUGGAGCUGGAAAGAGUGCAUCAGGAAACACCAUCCUGGGACAGAAAACUUUUAAAGAAGAAUUUUCUACUGAAUCUGUGACUUUGAAAUGCCAAAGGCAUCAGCAGACAGUAGAAGGUAGAAACAUCUCAGUGAUCGACACUCCAGGACUGUCUGAUACAUCAAUCAGUGAAGAACAACUGAAGAAGGAAUUAGUGAAGUGUGUAGAAAUGUCUGUUCCUGGUCCUCAUGCGUUUCUGCUGGUCAUCAGACUGGACGUGAGAUUCACAGAUGAAGAGAAAAACACAGUCAAGUGGAUUCAGAAGAACUUUGGAGAAGAAGCUGCACGUUACACCAUCGUUCUGUUCACUAGAGGAGAUCAGUUAGAAAUAACCAUAGAAAAGUUUCUGACCAAAAACAAGCAGCUUGGAGAGCUAGUUAAACAGUGUAAAGGAGGUUAUCUUGUGUUCAAUAACAAAAAAGAAGACAAACGAUCACAGGUCACUGAACUGCUGGAGAAGAUCGACAGAAUGGUGAAGGAGAACGGAGGAGAGCAUUACAUUAAGGAGAUGUACCAGGAAGCUCAGAUAAAAAUCUGGGAAAAAGAGAAAAAGAAGAGAGAAGAAGAGGAGAGACAGAAGUUGGAAGAGGAGGAAAAGAUAAGAGAAGAGGAAAGAUAUAGACUGAAAAAGGUGGCCUUAAUGGGAACAGGUGUAGUAGUGGGUGCAGGAGCAGCAGCUGUAGUUAGUGGAGGGACACUUGGUCCAGUUUUGAUCUCAGGAGCAGCAGCUGCAGGAGGCGCAGCUCUGACCUCUGUUGUUAAAGGAAAGACAUCUGAAGUUUUGAUCUCAGGAGCAGCAGCUGCAGGAGGCGCAGCUCUGACCUCUUUUGUUAAAGGAGAGACACUAUCUGAAGCUUUAAUGGCAGGAGCAAUGGCUGCUGGAAAUGCAGCACUGAAAUCUGUUACUGGUGGAGCAUCAGGGAGAUGCAAAUAA